CCACACACACCUGAACAAGUGGACAACAGGACCAGACACUCCAAGGCUUCAAUAGGGAACAGCUCUUUAAUCGACUCUUUCACAGGUGAUGGUGUCAGGAUGUCUGAGGGGAGGCAGCGAACUCUGUCCACUUCUGGCGAGUCUCUAUAUCAGAUCCUUGGUCUGGAGAGAGGCUGUAGCCAUGACGAUAUCAAGAGGUCCUACAGGAAACUGGCAUUGCGGUACCACCCUGAUAAAAACCCAGAGAACCCAGACACUGCUGAAAAGUUCAAGGAACUAAACAGCGCUCACUCCGUCCUGUCCGACCUCACCAAGAGGAACAUCUACGACUCGUACGGGUCUCUAGGACUCUACGUGGCCCAGCAGUUCGGAGAGGACAACGUCAACACAUACUUCAUGUUGUCCACCUGGUGGGCUAAGGGUCUGUUCGUGUUGUGUGGCGUCCUGACCGGUUGUUACUGCUGUUGCUGUCUCUGCUGCUGCUGUAACUGCUGCUGUGGAAAACUCAAACCCACGCCCGCUGGGGAGGGGGCGGAGCCUGACUACAUCUCCCCUGACGACCUCGAGGACGAGAUUCGCAAUGACCCCGACAAUGAUCUUGAGACUCCGAUUGUUCAGCAGCCGACAAAUGCCAGUGAGAAAACUCAGCUGAUCACUGAGGGACACCGUAGAUAUGGAGAUACCUGCACAUGAAGCUGACAGAACACAGGAAACAUUGCCGCACUACCACACUUGACCACCUGUAACUGUAGAGACCUGAAACUUCUAACAAGUCUGAACCAGAACUACGUUAACGUGAGCCAACAAGAGGCCACGUUACGUCUUAAAGCAACAGUCUGACAU